AUGGUCGAAUACAGUGACAUCUCCGAUUCGGAGUACAACGAUGACAUUGAGAGAUUUUGCUCUCAAUACGACGAAAAAGAAGAUUUUAAGUUAACAAAACAACAAGAACGUCAACGUUUCGGUUUACCUGUAGACAAUGAACAGAUAGCUGCCAUUCAGAAUUCGCGAGUGCCAAAAAACAUGCGUAGAUGUACUAACUGUGGAGUGUCUGUGUUAGAUGAAUGGGGCCGAGCCAGAAAUGAACGAAAUGAAAUGAACGUGUUCACAUUUGUUCCCAGAUUAUGCAGCGAACUUGGUGUACGUGAACUUUCAUUUUGGUUGUGUCGCUUUGUUGUCGAGGCUCGUCGACAAGACGGAACAGAAUAUCCAUCUAAUAGCCUGCGUGUGCUUUGUAGCGCAAUUCAGAGAUAUUUACGUGACGAAUGCAAAAGAGUUGACUUGUGCUUUAUGGAUACACAUGCUCGGGAAUUUAUGGAAUUCCAUCACACCCUGGACGGUGUAAUGAAGAGUAUAGACAGACGGGGAAUAGGUGUUAUUAAACGUCAAGCUGAACCAUACACAGAUGAUGAUGAAAAUAAAUUGUGGGAUAAGGUUUUUUCCAUAGUCUGCUACAAAUUUGUGUAA